AUAGGCAGGGGCAACUGACGCGACACACGAACGAGUUAUAGUCCCAGACAUCGACACAAACUCAAGAAGGAACAAAGGUUACCAGAGGUUUCGUAAAAAGCAACUUUUUCCCGAAGAGAUUGGCGGGGAUUUCUCUUCAGGAGGCUGCACAAUGCUCGGUGCUGUGAAAAUGGAAGGACACGAGCAUACAGACUGGAAUACGUACUACGCCGAACCCGAGUGUUACACCUCAGUGGGAAACAUGAAUGGUGGAUACGGAAUGAACUCCAUGAGCGGCUACAUGGGGAUGUCCGGGAUGAGCUCCACUGCCAACAUGACAGCCGGCUCCAUGAAUAUGUCGUACGUGAACACAGCCAUGAACCAUGGAGUAGCGGCGAUGUCACCGGGCGCAGGGGGCAUGAACGCCAUGGGCACGGGUUUAGCCGGCAUGGGGGCAACACUUAACCCGAGCAUGAGCCCCAUGGGUGGGCCUCCUCCAUCCAUGACCGCCCUCACCUCCUACCCAAACAUGAACGUGAUGAGUCCCGUGUAUGGACAGUCAACCGUCAGGGCCAGAGAUCCAAAAACAUACCGGCGCAGUUACACACAUGCCAAACCUCCUUACUCAUACAUCUCACUGAUUACAAUGGCCAUACAACAGUCAACCACUAAAAUGCUAACUCUGGCUGAGAUUUACCAGUGGAUCAUGGAUCUAUUUCCGUUUUAUAGGCAAAAUCAGCAAAGGUGGCAAAACUCCAUUCGCCACUCACUGUCCUUCAACGACUGUUUCAUCAAAGUGCCAAGGUCUCCAGAUAAGCCAGGGAAAGGUUCCUUUUGGACCCUUCACCCAGACUCGGGAAAUAUGUUUGAAAACGGCUGCUAUUUGAGGAGGCAGAAGCGAUUCAAGUGCGAGACAGGGGGCAGUGGUAAGGACUCAUCGCGAAAAAGCCAGGAUGGUUCGACCAGCAGUUCAGAAAGUUGCAACGGUAACGAGUCUCCCAGCCCCUCGAGAAAAGACGUGAAAAGCCCAACGUCCAAGUUGAAAUCCAGAGAGCCGGUGAGUCCGGAGCUGGCCGCCGCCGCUUCGCCAUUGCCCACCCAGGCACACCAUCACCUCCUGUCUCAACAUCACUCCGUGCUGGUUGACGACGCACACCUGAAGCCAGAACACCAUUACGCAUUCAACCACCCCUUCUCCAUCACCAACCUCAUGUCCUCGGAGCAGCAGCACCACCACAAAAUGGACCUGAAGACCUACGAGCAGAUGAUGCACUACUCCGGCUACGGUUCGCCCAUGACAGGCGCACUAUCAGUCGGGUCAAUGUCAACCAAAGCCUGCCUAGAGUCCACAAUACCCACGGACACUGCCUACUACCAAGGUGUGUAUUCGAGGCCCAUCAUGAAUUCAUCUUGAAUAAUUCCCUGUCGCCCGAUGACUUGCCUAAAAUGUUUUUACGCAGAACGUGUAAAUUUGUAAAUAAGUGAAAACGACAAAUCCUCUGUGCCAAAUGCUAUGAAGAUGUUUGCCUCCAUGUUAUGUUGAAAUUUUAACUCUGUAUAUAGCCUACAAGGGCAGUUUUUAUAUGGUCAGUCAGUUUUAUAACGAAAGUGUUGUAAUGAAUUUG